AUGGUCAGCAGCUUCAGUCAAACAGGGCGACUUACCUCGGCAGCCCUCUGGUUCUCUCUCCUUAUUUUGCAGUCCCAAUCCAACUACUUGCUUCUUCCCUCCUCUGCAGCUCCCAUUCACAGUGUGGUCUCUCUCUUCAGGUUUUGGUCUUUCUUUUUCUAUACCCAGACAAGUAGUUGGAUUAUUGGGCAUGUCUGCUCGAGGUUUAAUGUGCUCCUCUCUGGCAUGUUGGCCCAGAAGAAGAAUGAUUCAUCCCAAAAGCUCUCACAUUCAGAAACCACCAUUGAUGCUGCUUACUUAGAAAACGAUGUAUUGGGGAUGACCUCAACUCCGACUGUUCCAAGACCCAUGCCGGAUAAAAUUUCUCCGGCUUCUCUCAUCAAGCACGAUACAGAGAUGGCCGAGAAGCUGGAAGUGGUAACUGAUAGACCUGAGUCGAUUUUGGGUUUGAGGGAGAGUACUGUAUGGGGAAAUUGUUCACAUCUCAAAGAUCGUGUGGCCUCAUUCAUGAAAGCCCCCAUCGCUGCAAAACUUGUGGUGGUGGGAGGAGCUCUUGUUUCCUUGAUUGCAGUGCUUUUACGGCGUAUAAUAAUAAGGCCUCAAUUUCGUGUCUACUUGGGAAUAAGGAGACCCAACAUUAACAACUCCCCACUGGAAGGAGAUAUCAACUCUAUUGAAGAAGCUAUCAACAUUGAUAGGGUCAUUCAAGAGGAUGAUUCUGCUGUUAAUUCAGUCUCUCGUACCACCAAUCUUAGCCCAUGGGAAAGAGUGGAACGUAUUGGGGCUGGUGGAUAUGGGAUUGUUUAUGUUGCACGCCAUAGGGAAACCGGAGCCUUUUGUGCAGUAAAGGAACUGAAUGACAUUCACAAACUUCCGAAGGUAGAAUCUUUUAAAAGGAUUGGACGCCACAUAUUUCUAUACAUGGAAUACAUCCAACCAGGUUCACUGAAGAAAUAUAUCUCAGAACGAGGGGGUUUACUUGAGCCUUUAAUUCAAAAUUUCACUGCACAAAUUCUCUCUGGGUUGGAUUACCUGUGUAAUGAAAGAGUUGUUCACAGGGACAUAAAGCCAGACAAUCUACUUGUCGAUUCUAACAACAUAGUAAAGCUGGUUGACUUUGGUGUGGCGAAGCAUGAUUGA